AUGAUGGCUGUUGCAGUUCUAUUAUUGAGUUUAUUGUUGACUGAUUUAGUAAGAAGUCAAAUUCCAAAUCCCAGCCGGUAUCGCUUUACUCUGACAAUAAAUGGCACUGUUCAAGAACGCUAUGUCAUCGAUAAAGAAUUGGGUAAAAUGUCUCGUCUGUGGUUCUCGAAAUCAGGUGAUGAACUGUUCGGUGGUAAUCAAAAUAUCUAUGUACGUGAUGAUGGUCGCACGUAUUUAUUUAAUUUCAUGUCACAACCACCACAAUGUAUUGCCAACAGAGGUGGUCCAUACAAUGAAAUGAACUACUGGGCGAAUCUCGUUCAAUCGUGGGGUGGUGAAAAUCAAACAUAUGACAAACUGGUAUUUGAUGCAGAUUGUGAUGGCAUUUGUCUAACAUGGUACAAAGAAUAUAAUUCAACAUAUUAUAAUAAUUACCAUUACCAAAGUCGAUUGUAUGUCAAAAAAGCAGAACAAAAACCAAUUAAAAUAGUUACGAAAGUAUAUGGUCAUGACACAGGGAAAUUGAUAUCAACGGAUGUGAUGAGAUUUGCCAGUUGGAGUACAGACAAAACGCCCGAUUACGAAUUUGAUUAUCCCAUGGACUUGAAAACAUGCUAUUAUCCUUAA